AUGGGUCAGUCUCUGUCUGCUUCUGCUUGCUCUCCAUUGCAGUGUUUCUUAAAAAAUUUUCAGGACUUCCACCGACGAGCUGCUGGGUCGGGUGCCAUGGUCAACCCAGAAACUCUUAGGGCCCUUUGUGAGCUUGAAUGGCCAACUUUUCCAGACUCUAAUUGGCCCUCCGAGGGCACCCUAAAUUUGCCGAUUGCUUUUCAGGUUCAAAGAGUUAUUUAUGGAAGACCAGGACAUCCAGAUCAGAUUCCCUAUAUUGAAACCUGGAUUGACGUCCUCGCUGACUGCCCCAAAUGGCUUAAAAACUGCUCACCACCUAAAUCGUCUAAACCCACAUGGGACGACUGUCAACAACUCCUGCAGACCCUUUUUAUGUCAGAGGAGAGAGAAAGAAUCUGUGCCCAGGGACGAAAAUUAGUCGUGGGGCCAGAUGGUCUGCUGACCACGGAAGUAGACCACCUUGAGGCUGUUUUUCCCUUCACCCAACCCCGGUGGGACCCUGACACUGACCAAGUGGACACUGGGGUGACUUUCUCUGUACUCCAAGAAGCAGAAAGCCCUUUAUCACAAAAACAGACCCCGAUCCAGGGGGCCACUGGAGGAAUCAAGUCCUAUCCAUGGACACAGGCCCAAAUAAGUAACUUAGGGGAGAAAACCAUUACUCACUCUUUCUUAGUUAUGCCCGAGUGCCCCUACCCUCUAGUUGGCCGCGACUUGCUCCACAAACUGCGAGCAACCAUCUCCUUCCAAGAUGAAGGGCCAGAAGUAGACUUCCCAAAGCAACCAAGUUCCAUCUUAAUUACCUGCCCUCUUUCCAAAGAGUACCUCCUCCUAGCCAGGGAGGACACUAAUAAACAAAAUGCUGAACUCUUAGUGAAGUGGCAGAAAGAAAUACCGGAGGUGUGGGCAGAGAUGAACCCCCCAGGGCUGGCUGGCCACCAACCCCCCAUCGUUGUUCAGCUCCUAAGCAGUGCCACACCUGUCCAGGUCCGGCAUUACCCAAUAAGCUACCGAGCUAAGAAAGGAAUAGCUGUCCAUAUUAGAAGACUAAGGGAAGCGGGGAUCCUUGUGCCCUGCAAGUCCUCUUGGAACACCCCACUCCUACCCCUCCAGAAACCAAGGACUGAGGACUUUAGGCCAGUACAAGACCUAUGAGAGGUCAACAAAAGAGUUGAAACCAUCCAUCCAACGGUCCCUAACCCAUAUACUCUGCUCACUACUCCCCCUGAUAGAAAAGUGUAUACUGUACUAGACUUAAAGGAUGCUUUCUUCUCACUACCCCUGGUCCCUGUCAGCCAGCCCCUCUUUGCCUUUGAGUGGACGGACCCCAAAGUAGGGGAUUCAGGACAAUUAACUUGGACUAGACUGCCCCAGGGUUUUAAAAACUCCCCUACUCUUUUUGAUGAGUCCCUAAGCCGGGACCUACUAGAAUUCCGAGAAAAACACCCCGAAGUUACUGUCCUCCAAUAUGUGGAUGACAUCCUCCUUGUGGCAGAAUCUCCCGAAGAGUGCCAGAAAGCAACAGAGGAGUUAUUAAAAACCCUCGGGCUGUUAGGAUAUCGGGCAUCAGCAAAAAAGGCACAACUUUGCAUUUCACAAGCUUCUUAUAUUGGGUAUAAUAUAACUGAAGGAAAGAGAACGUUGUCUGAUAAACGUAUUCAAGCCAUUCUCCAAAUUCCAGCACCCCGGACAAAGUGA